AGCUGACAACUGAAAGGAGAGAGUUGUCGUCUUUGGCCGGACGUCCGCUGACAUUUCUUUUCUUUCUUUUUUUUUUUUGGUUUGUUUCUUUACUUUGUUUAUUUUUUUUUGCCCCCGACAGCACAUAUACUUCUUAAAAGUUAUAUUCAUUUGAAAUUGAAAAACAUUUUAAGUGGGUAGGCUAGUUGUCAAGGCUGCGAAGGAGGACGUCGGAGAGAGCGCUGGGCACUGCACUGCUGGGUCAGCCCGGGUCGGUCUGUCACACUUGUCAUCGGGCUGAUUUACGGGUUCGAAGCGGGAAAGGCUAUCGAGCUAAACAGCCGACGAGGACUUCGUUGGGACCGAGCGGGCAGCCAAACCACACUAAGAGCCACUCUUGUUACUAGUAAACAGAGCUAUUGUUUCCCAAAACAGAACCCCGACGGCUUUGCUGAGGCGAAGCGCGGCGGAAUGGCUCAGCAUGGACACCACCAUGUAGCGAGUUCGCAGAAAGCGCUGAUGCUGGAGAUGAAAAGUCUGCAGGAGGAGCCGGUGGAGGGCUUUAAGAUCACACUGGUGGACGAGUCGGACCUGUACAACUGGGAGGUGGCGAUCUUCGGGCCGCCGAACACGCACUACGAGGGCGGCUAUUUCAAGGCACGUAUCAAGUUCCCCAUCGAUUACCCGUACUCCCCACCUGCGUUCAGGUUUCUCACUAAAAUGUGGCACCCUAACAUCUACGAGAAUGGGGAUGUUUGCAUUUCCAUCCUACACCCCCCUGUGGAUGACCCUCAGAGCGGAGAGCUGCCUUCUGAAAGAUGGAACCCCACACAGAAUGUCAGGACCAUCCUACUGAGUGUAAUAUCCUUGCUCAACGAGCCCAACACCUUCUCUCCAGCCAAUGUUGAUGCCUCCGUCAUGUACCGUAAAUGGAGGGAUAGCAAGGGCAAGGACCGGGAAUACACAGAGAUCAUCAGGAAGCAGGUCCUGGCCACCAAAGCAGAGGCAGAGAGGGAUGGGGUGAAGGUGCCCACCACACUGGCGGAGUACUGUGUCCGUACCCGUGCACCCCCACCUGAUGAGGGCUCCACCCUCUUCUACGAUGACUAUUAUGAUGAUGAGGACCUGGAGGAUGAGGAGGAGGAAGAGGACUGCUGCUAUGAUGAGGAUGACUCUGGCACAGAGGAGUCCUGAUGGACCCCUGCUGCCUUCUGCCCCCUCCCCCUUAUGCCACACCCUCCUCACAUAGACUGAACUCUCAUGCAUCUUUACAGAUAUGCAUAGCCAUACCUGCUUUUAAAAUCAGAUCUUUCAAAGACUUUGUGUUUCAAUUUUAUGUUUUUUUUUUUUUUUUUUUUGAUGUCAGGCAUUAUGCCUCCUCUUCCCAUCCCACUGUAGCAAGUCAAGUCUGUUCUUUCCUUCUGAACCCCAUCAUAUAUGCUGUGUGGGAAUAUCAGCUGCUUUAUCUCUGCAACUUUUUUUUUUUUUUU